AAAAAAAAAAAAAAAAAAAAAAAAAAACUCAAAGCCUGCCUCUCUGUGAAUUGAUCUCUGCGGAUUCGAACAGAUGGAAGACCAUAAGGAGAAGAAUGCAUCUGCUCCGUGGUUAUCGGUGCCGCAGUUCGGAGACUGGGACCAGAAGGGAGCGCUUCCGGACUAUUCGAUGGACUUCUCCAAGAUCAGGGAGAUGAGGAAGCAGAACAAGCGAGAUCCUUCUCGAGCCAGUCUCGGCAACGAGGACGAGCUCAUCAACCCCAAACCAGCCUCCUCCGCCCCUACGCUGACCACUGUUCACAGCGGCGACAAUCGCCAUGACUUCGGUCCGACCCACCAUCCGCACUCUCCGUCCACGAGGAGAAGCAUUUUCAGCUGCUUCAACUGCUGCGUCAAAGCCUGAUUUUUUUUUUUUUUUGUUAUAUUUAUUUACUACGGAGACCAUUUUCAUUUGACAUGUGAUGAAAAAUGUUAACGCACUGAAUGGCUCGAAUGUAUUUGUUGGAAAUGAUUUUCGUCCAAAAUAUAUGUAUGGAGAAAUUGUUCUGAUUUGUAGCAAAUAAUUAUCAUA